CAGAGCGGAAGUGCAGAGAGGAAGCAGCAGCGAUCGCAGCUCUGGUGCCGCUCAGUUUGGACUCUAAAGGCGGAUAAAGCCCAUAAUAAUGUCGGGAUUUGACUCCAACCCGUUUGAAGAUCCAGUCGACGUCAAUCCCUUCCAGGAUCCGUCUGUCACGCAGGUGACCAGCUCUGGAAUCGAUCACAUUGAAAGUUUCAGUCCAUUUCCUGAUGGCAACUCUGUGACGGGAAGCACCAUCCCGGCCUCGAGCGGCCCGUCUCAGCCCGCCGUGCUGCAGCCGUCAGUGGAGCCCAGUCCAAAGGCCGUGGCUGCAGCUGCGCAGGGCAAUCUGCUCAAACAGCAGGAGGAGCUGGAGAGGAAAGCAGCCGAGCUGGAGCGACGAGAACAAGAGCUGCAGAGCAGAGGAGCGCCGACAGGCAAACCGAACAACUGGCCUCCUCUUCCCAAAUUCUUUCCCAUCAAGCCUUGCUUCUACCAGGACUUCUCUGAGGAGAUCCCGCAGGAACAUCAGAGACUUUGCAAAAUGAUCUAUUACCUGUGGAUGUGGCAGUGUGUGACGCUGUUUCUGAACGUUCUGGCCUGUCUAGCUGAGUUCACCACUAACACAGACGCAGGCGUGGACUUCGGCCUGUCCAUCCUCUGGUUCAUCCUGUUCGCUCCCUGCUCCUUCCUCUGCUGGUUCAGACCCGUCUAUAAAGCCUUCAGGUCUGACAGCUCCUUCAAUUUCUUCUUCUUCUUCUUCGUUUUCUUGGCUCAGAUCGUCGUGUCUGUGAUUCAGAGCGUUGGCAUCCCUCGAUGGGGCAACAGUGGCUGGAUUAGUGCCAUAGCAGCGAUUGGCAAAAACAAAGCGGUGGGUGUCAUCAUGAUGGUGGUGGCGGCCUUCUUCACGGCCACUGCUGCACUGUCGGUCGUUUUACUGAAAAUGGUUCAUUCCCACUACCGUCGCACCGGCGCCAAUUUCCAGAAGGCACAGCAGGAAUUCUCCCAAGGCGUCAUCACGAACCGCACCUUCCAGACCGCAGCCGCCAACGCAGCCACCACAGCCGCCCAAAGCUCUCUGCAGAGGAACUAGAACCAGAAAGCACCACUGAGAUCCUGCAUCUCUUCCCUCACUGUUCCAGCGGCCCACACAGAACCCAAAGCCCAGCUCCGCUCACCUGCUUUGGUUCUGGAUCUCGAUUUGGACUGCAGAGGCACUACUUUCGUGUUUAUUUUUUUGUUUGGAAGCAAAAGGUAUGAAGUUCAUCAGUGUGUUUGUAUAUUUGUAUGUGUCCAGAAAUUGUGUCCUGUAUCCUUUUUGACCUUGGUUAUGCUGUAUAUAAAGUAAUUUAAUAUUUCCCCGUCGUCCAUAGUGGUACAGGAGUCUCUUUAAAUUAAAAAAAAUGAUCAUGAAGGAUCUCAACCUUAUAUGUGUAUGUCAUGAGAGUCUAGGGGCCUCAUUUAUAAAGCGUGCAUACGCUCAGAUUUGAUCUUAGAGUGUGCGUACGCUUAAAUCCACGCCAGCGCAAAAACUGUCUUUGACGUGGAAAAGUGCUUAGCGUCACGAUUAUAGAUUAUGGAGUUGUAAAUGAAAGCUUUCAUUCCUAUAUCAUUUGAUUUCCUGAAAACAUUCUGCAUUCCGUAUUAGUGCCAAAAAAUAAUGAUAUGCGCCCAGAAUUCUGUGGAGGCAUGGCCAUGUUUGCAUAAUUAGAAUCUUGACAACCUCGGAAUCUUGACGGACACAGAGAACAUUACUGUUAUUGUCUUAAUCAUAAGACUGAAGGUGGGAUGUAGCUUUUUGCAUUGGGUGUGUUUUUUUGAUAACCGUGUAGAGCAAUGUUUUUUCCUCCCAUGUGUACGAGCUUAUUUUAGGCUACUGAUUGUAAACAGUCAAAUCAAAAUAGUUUGAUUAGUACUCAGACUUAAAUUUACUUGGGUGAUUUUUUAGCUUUAGAAAGCCCUAACUUUUGAAACAAAUGGGUAAAAUGGUUUGCCAUACAAAAUGCCACUUUCUGGAAAGGGUUAUAUAAUUUUGUCAGAUGAGAUCAGAAGAUAUUUUUCAACAGUGUAAGUACUUUUU